AUGUUUAAUCGUUUUGCUGUGGGAUGUCAAGCAUCUAAGCGUCCAAGUCAACACUCAUACCUUCCUAAACCAUGGCUGCAGAUAGACUGGGGAGACAAAUCCUCUAAACUGGAGUUCCUAAAGGGUUUCCAACCUCAGGCUGAAGGUCAGCAGCUCAGGAUUCUUCUCCAUGGUCCAUCUGGAGCUGGAAAGUCCAGCUUCAUCAACUCUGUCAACAGUGUGUUACAGGGAAAAGUGAUCCGCAUUGCUCCUGUGAAUAAUGCUGCUCAGGCUAGCUUCACUAAAAAGAACACAAGUUACAGGAUUAAGAAACCAAAUGAGGAAAGUUUUUACCCUUUUGUGUUAAAUGACACAAUGAGCCUGAAGACAAACAGCAGCAGGAGAGUCAGAAGGGUUCACGUAAAGGACAUGAAAAAGGCGAUGAAGGGCCACAUCAAAGAUGACUAUACGUUUAAUCCUGAGUGCAGUUUGUCCAAAAGUGAUGGAUACUACAAUACUUCUCCAAACGCCAAUGACAAAGCGCACAUCCUGGUAUGUGUGAUUGAUGCUACCUCAGAGCUGAGAAACGAUGUCAUUGAAACAAUUCAGGACAUCAGAGAUGACGCCACAGAUCUGGGAAUUCCUCAAGUUGCCAUUUUCACCAAGAUUGAUGAGGCCUGUGCCAAAACAAAAAAAGAAAUAAGAAAUGUCUGCAGGAGCAAAUUACUGCAUGACAGGGUCCAGGACUUCAGUGAGAAGUCGGGGAUCCCUGAGAACGAUAUCUUUACCAUUAAGAACUACUACAUGGAGAAGGACCUGGACACCAAUGUGGACGUUCUGAUCCUAAACGCUCUUAAACGCAUCAUGGAGAUUGGCAAUGAGUCUCAACAAAAACUGAAAAGGGCUGUUGCACCAGUGGAGGAGUUUAUCAUCUCUAUUACAGAUCAGGAGAUGAUGCCGUUCUACCUUAGCUUCAUCAAUACAAAAUACACCUGUCAGUUUGUCACAGAAAACAGCGUAAAGGUAGAAGCUCACUACUCAGCUGGGUUUAAAGGUAUCAGAGUCCAUAUCUAUCACAGAGCUGGAGAUGAUGCUGUUUUACCCUGUAACAGACCUUCAUCAUCCUCUUCCUCAUGCUCCACUGUUAACUGGCUUUAUAGGAUAGCUGAAGGCUUGAAUCCUCAGCAGGAAGUUCAGAGAGGAAACGUUGUUCAGAGUUCAUCUAAAGCUGCCAGGCUGAGUGUGGACAAUGACUGCUCUCUGAUCAUCAACAACAUCACUGCUGAGGAUGCUGGAGGUUACAGAUGUCAGAUUGAGGAUGGAGGCAGCUCUGAUCCAGAUGUGUAUCUAAAUCUGCUUAGCAGUGAGUGA